GUCUUCAUGGCUACAGCGGCACUUCGGCUCGUGAUUGGAUACAGGCAUGAAUCAAGCUCAUGUCAUGCUCAUCGGGCAGUCAUGACGCCUAUAUGAAUCCAUUCCAGCUACGCAUAUAUAUGGAAAGAGCCCGCAAAGGCUGGCCAUUCUCGGUAUAAAAGAGAGAGAGAGAGGAGAAGAAGAGGAGAGAGGGGGGAUUGUGAAUGGGGGAGGAAGUGAAGAUGGCGGAGACAGCAACAGCAGCGGCAGCAGCAUCAACUAGGACGCCCCACUUUGUGCUGGUGCAUGGGAUUGGAGGGGGAGCAUGGUGCUGGUACAAGAUAAGGACCCUCAUGGAGAGCUCCGGCUACACCGUCUCCUGCCUCGACCUCACGGGCGCCGGCAUCGACCCCACCGACCCCAACACCGUCCUCACCAUGGACGACUACAACAAGCCGCUGCUGGACUUCCUGUCGACCUUGCCGGACGACAAACAGGUGAUCUUGGUGGGUCACAGUGCAGGAGGGCUAUGUGUAACUCAGGCUUCAGGUAAAUUCCCCGGGAAAAUCGGUGUCGCCGUUUAUGUGGCCGCCACGAUGCUCAAGCAUGGUUUGGAAACCGAUCAAGACUUUAAAGAUGGAGCGCCGGAUCUAUCAGAAUUUGGGGACGUGAACGAUUUGACGUUCGGGCUGGGACCUGAUAAGCCACCAACAAGUGCAAUAAUUAAGCAGGAAUUUCAGCGCAAUAUCAUUUAUCACAUGAGCCCUCUCGAGGACUCGACGCUGGCCGCCAUGCUGGUGAAGCCGGGGCCGCUCACGGCGCUGCUGACAGCGAAAUUCCCCAAGGAGGACGACGAGGGCGUGGAGAGCGUGAGGCGAGUGUUCAUAAAGACGGCGCAGGAUCGGGUGGUGAAGCCGGAGCAGCAGGACGCGAUGAUCGCGAGGUGGGCGCCGGUCGAAGUGUUCACGUUGGACAGCGACCACAGCCCUUUCUUCUCCGCCCCGUUCUUGCUCUGCGGAUUGCUCGUCAAAGUCGCCGCUUCUUUAUGACCAAAGGGUGUAAAAAAAGUGGCCGCUUCUUGUGGAUGAAUGAAUGAGUGAACGAACAAUCUUUGGGGUCUUGAUUUUGGCGGGAUCAAGUCUGCGUUCUUGUUAUCUCAAAGCUAUUUUUUCUGGAACUACUGCUCUCGAAUAAGAAUUGGUGCAUGUAAUAAUGAAAGAUCUCUAUUUUGUAAACGACGGUU